AUGGGUAAUAAAGUGCAAAAAUCAUCAUUUGAUCAAAAACUUGUGGAUAAAUUAAUGGAAGAAACAGGUUUAGAACGUGAAGUUAUUAUAGCAUGGAGAAAACAAUUUUUAAUGGCAUGUCCAUCGGGUAAAAUGGGUCGAAAAGAUUUUUAUAAAUUUUAUCGUUCAUUACGUGUUGAAUCUGAUGAUAAAGUUAAAGAAAUAGCUAAUUUUGUUUUUACAGCAUUUGAUCGAGAUUCAAAUGGAAAAAUUGAUUUUAAUGAAUUUCUUUGUGGUUAUGCAAUAACAUCAUUAGGUACAAUGCGUCAAAAACUUGAUUAUGUUUUUUCAAUAUAUGAUAAAGAUAAAAAUAAUUCAAUUGAUAGAAAAGAAAUGAUUGGUGUUAUAUCGGCAAUGUAUGAUUUAUUAGGAAAAUCAAAAGAAGAUUAUUCACCAGAACGAUGUGUUGAAGAUAUUUUUUCAUUAAUUGAUGUUAAUAAAGAUCGAUCAUUAACUAAAGAUGAAUUUAUUGACGGUGUUAUGAAAAAUCCUUAUCUUUCCGAUAUUAUUUCACCAUUUAAUGAAUAA